AUGAGAAUUUAUAGUCAGGGUACAGGAGCUCUAUCUUCAUUAUAUUAUCAUUUAAAACUCUGUUGUAUUCUCUGUUGUUUUAUAAAAUAUUCCUGGAGUUCUGUUUCCAUUUUAGGUAGCAGUGUUGGUUUGUCAGAUGAUAGCAGAGAUGAGUCUGCAUUUACUGGGGGAAGUACAAACACUGAGGAAGAUGAAGUUGGAUAUUCAGACUCAAUUCCCUUCAUAGCUGCCACAGACAUUGUAAACGCUACCAAAACCGGCUUUUUAGAAAAGAAACGCAGAAAAGAAAAUGUACUGCUUUUCAAGUCCUAUCAAAAGCGCUGGUGUGUUCUCAAGGAUAAUAUUUUAUACUAUUAUGAUAAAUCUUCAGAUAAACGUCAAUUGGGUGCUUUUAUCCUGAAGGAUUAUGAAGUAAGAACAAAUCCAAAUGUGGUAAAAGAAGCGAGCAAAAAGGAGCUGAGUUUUGAACUUGUGUCUCCAGGAAAACGAUCUUAUCUGUUUGUGGCUCCAUCCAAAGAAGAACUGGCUGAUUGGAAGUCUUCCAUUGAAAAUGCUGCUUUGAAUAUGAUGACAAGUUCAAUGAUGGAUGAUCAAGAUGGGGAGAGCAUUUAUGAAGAAUUUGAUGAAAUCUUGCCUCUUAAUGGACGGCCAUCCAUUGCUGAAGAGGUGUAUGAUGAUAACUUAAACUGUCUGCCAGAUGAUGUUGAACUAACAUCAAGCAAGAAAGCUGAGUUGCCUCCUAUCCCAGGGUCACCGAAGCACUUGCUUCUCAAAUCUAAUGCGUCUCCUCCUCCCCCAGCUCUGCCAGAAAGAAAUCCUCCAACUGUCCGCCCCACUGAACCAGCUGCCACCGAUGAUGGUCUGAUAGGAGAAGUGUACGAUGAUAUUGGCACCGAUGUACAGAAGUUCCUUCGAAGCACCAAAGUGGAAAUAAAGCCAGAUGACUAUGAGAACAUCUAUUACAGUCUUUGGGAUUGUGUGGCAGAUGACAGCACCGAGCUUGCUUUUAAAGAAGGAGAUCUGAUCAGGAUUCUGAAUAAAGAAUAUGAUAAGCAGUCUUGGUGGAUUGGAAUGCUUGAUGGCCAGAUUGGUCUGGUGCCAAAGACAUUUCUCACAAAUGCCUAUGAGUUAGUUGCAUGAAGAUAUUUGAUAUGCUUGUAGAAGAGAUGUAACCAUUAACAAAGCUAUUCCUCAUUAUUUGUGUUUGUUGUACUAUGCCAUUUCUGAACAAAAGAAUGAUUUUAUUAUUUUUUUUUAUUUUAAAAAAGAAAUCUGUUAUUGUAUUCUAAAAUAAUUGUAUUAUCUAUGUUAUCAUUGCUAAUGACAUCAUUUUAAUCAUCAUUAUCAUCAUCAUCAUCAUCAUCAUCAUCUUCAUCAUCACAAUCAUUGAAUAAUAAAGACUCUGUGUUUUUCUAUUAACGAACUGUAUUAUAAAAUCAUUUAUAUCUCACCAAAUAGUUCUUAUUUUAUUCAUUUGUAAUAAGUUUAAUUUGAGUCUUUAAUGAUUUUUUUCCCAUUUUUCAUCGAUAAAUGGAAAAAAAAAAACCCCUAAUAACUUUGGUUUGGAAAGCAACCUGCUCUUUUUUUCUAUUUUCUUUUAUGUUUAUCUAUAAAAUAGGGAAAGAAAAACAAAGUUGUCACACAGAUAACUGAAUAAUUACUGCCUCUCUGUCAUGAUGUUUCAUAAAUGCUGGCAAAUGUGGUAUAAACAAAAUAGGUUUCUAGAAGAAAUAUAAAAUCUAUGAUUUUUUUUUUACUCUAUUCCAUGUGAAUCAAUUGCCUUCACUCUUGCUUUAUAGUUCCAAAUGAUGUGUAAAGAUAAUUAUUUUUGUUUUAUUAUUUUUAUUGAUUAAAAGUGCUAUGUAAAAGAAAAAAUAUAAUAUACAUGUUAAUCUCAUCCCGAUGAUUAAUAUAUGAUCUGA